CAAUUUCAUCGUAGCCAUAGAAACAAAAACCUUUAUCAAUUUAACUUUCUGUUCUCUAACACUCAUUCCCUAACUCUGUGCAAAAUCCAUGGCUGUUACCACCGCAUUCAAGCUCUCACUCUUUUUCACUCUCGUCUCACUUUCAUUAUCGGUUAUUCCCCCAACAUGCAAGCGCAUUGAGUGCCCCAAUUACGAUGUCAUACAAGCAGGAAAUGGCUACGAAAUCCGUCGCUAUAAUUCAACUGUUUGGAUUUCUAAUGACCCCAUUCAAGAAAUUUCUCUUGUUGAAGCUACAAGAACCGGUUUCUUGAGGCUUUUUGACUAUAUUCAAGGUAAGAACAACUACCAGGAAAAGAUUGAGAUGACAGCACCUGUUCUCUCUGAGGUCUUACCUAGUGAUGGACCCUUUUGCAAGUCUUCAUUUGUUGUAAGCUUUUAUGUGCCUAAAAAGAACCAAGCAAAUCCACCUCCUGCAAAGGGUCUUCAAGUUCAAAGAUGGAAACCUGUGUAUGCAGCAGUUAGACAGUUUGGUGGGUUUGUCAAAGAUACAGACGUUGGCGAGCAAGCUGCAGCUUUGAAGAACAGUAUUGCCGGUACUAAGUGGUCGUCUGCUAUUGAUCAAAGCCAUAGAGCUGGUCAUGCUUCGGUUUACUCUGUGGCUCAGUACAAUGCCCCUUUUGAAUUUGACAAUAGGGUGAAUGAGAUAUGGUUCUUGUUUGAUUUGGAAAGUGGAUCGCGCGCUAUGUGAGAUUUACCGAACAAGAAUCACUAGCCAAUCCCAGGUAGUAUGAAAGUUUUCAAUGUGAAAGCAAUAUGUGUAGUUUGCAGCCUGAUGUGUUAGUUAAGACUUCUUGUUGAAUUAAUAAAUAAAGUGCAGGCUGAAGUGUUUCACAAUGCUUUCAGCUUGACUUUUUGUUCAUGUAAUGUUAAACUUUUAUAAUUGGCUACACUUGCGAAGUAAAAUCAUUAAGGAAUUGAUAUGGCUUUUGAAA